AGAGUGUUGUUUUGGCUCGAGAAAUGAAAGAGACAAAGGUAUAUAUGGAGAGAGCCUAUAAUACAAUACACACAUGGAUUGAGCAGAAGAGCGCUGACGUAAUAAUGACACACACACACACACAUUGAAAAUGAAAGUUUACAAGGCAGCAACUAGGCUACUGCUGCUACUAGGCGAUGGGGAGCUGCGGUGAGCCCGCGAGAGCUCUGUACACCUCUGGUGAAAAACUCCGUCUAACUGCUCUGCUGUUGUACUUGCACUCAGCUUGUCCUCGCACUUGAAGGCGUAGCAAGAUGGGACCGUGCAACCUUUAGCAUGGGCCACAAAUGCAAACAGGCGCCUGUACUUGGGGUGGGUCCCCACGAAUGAGAUCUGACAGUAGCUAAACGAAGCCAUCUUCUCGCCUGAACCGACGUCUCGCAUCUCCAACUCGUCUUUGACGGCCACCAGUUUCACGUAGCGAGGUCUGGUCACUGCUGUAUCAUCGCUUGUAGUUCCUCCUCUAACCUUGGCCGAGCCCCGCAGGCUUCUCCGUUUCCUCCCCGCGUCUUCCUGCGUCCUUUGCCACAAUUCUCCUGCUGGCGAAUCGAUGCAGCCUCGUCCGCGAAUCGGGCCCUCCAUCUCGUGGCAGCCGAGGUAAAAGCACUCCACGAGCGGCAGACCUUCGCUGAGGUCUGCAGAGGCCUCCACGCCAAUAUCCACCUGGCCUCCCUCCUCCAGGGCAGAGUCAGGCGAGCGGAGAGGCCUUGCUGGAGUUGGUUCGUCCCCCAGUAGCGGUCCGUCUCCCUCUUCCUCAUAUUCCCAGCUCUGGUAGCCGCCUGCUCGAGUAGUCUGCCGCUUCUUGAAGAAACUCCCAGACCGCAGGAGACCCGUCAUCUCUGCUCUCCUGUCAGUGGUUCCUUCCGUCGAGUUUGCAGCAGCUCACUAGCUAGCCUGUUCUGUCGUGUUCCCGCCAAAUAUUCGUUCGUUAGCUGGGGUUUUUAGCUGGCAGGUGCACCGCUCUGGGUAUGGCACGGAGCCAAUCCGUGAUGAAUCGAUGUAAAAGUAUCUCGAAAACAAGCAGGGAGAAACACUUUAUUCGCGCGGGGAUUGCCUUCGAGCAUGCGCACGACAUGCAUUUCGCAGCAUUUUUAAUUUACUUGUUAUAAUUAUAGGAGAGAGAGGAGAGGACACCACCAGGAGAAUGCUGGCUAGUGUUAUUGACAGGGGAGAGACGAAGGCAAGGAGGAAGCACGUGAUCCCAGACCCUGUCACCACACCAAGGAGAGGGCCACUGUGGCUGAGAGGAAGGAGAUGUAGAGAGGAGACCAGAGGAAGAAGUCGCAACAGCCGCUCACAGUUGGCAGAUGUGUCCAGAGCCCCGGUCCUGCCAAGAAAGUCGGCCAAUACCUCACUGAAUCGACUGCCUGUGGUGAUGAUCCAGAGACCUCUGGAUCACAUUGAGGCCACUCUGGGAGGACUGUCGUGCUGUCUUCUGCAAGAGAGAGUAGCAGUAAUGGAGCUGCCGUGUGACGUAAAGACAGUGAAACUGCCCCAUCUUCAUCCUAUGAUGAAAUACUCACCGAUCAACAAUGGAAUCCGUGGCAACGCCUGGCAACAAAAGUGCCACACCCAGGAAGAGGGGAAUGUGGGCGUGUCAAUCACUUACAGCAAGCACCCUCCUCCCUCCCUCCUCUCUCCGUCUUCCCCAGAUCCCCAAAGCUCAGGCAAAAGGCAGGUCUAUCUUAUCCCUGGGACACAGCACACUGAACUCCCCACCUCCUCCCUCACUCCUCACACUCUCCCUCAACUCCCCACCUCCUCCCACCUCCAUCGCGACAUCUGAACCUCUCGCAAUGGGACAGGAGCCAUCCCUGCAAGACCAAUUACCAACUCCUACCUUAACCCCCUCUCUCCACCCUCGUCUUCCAUCUGCCCCUCAAUUAGAGGCUCGUCUCUGGCCCCGCCCUCUCUACAAGCUGUCGUAACCCACCGGAGAAAACCGCUGACUCAACAAACAACCCUGCGAGGCCACAGGAUAUUUCUCUAAUGCCGUUCCAUUCACACAUCACUUGUCAAUGAGGAUCCAAUCACAGAUUCCAGAACCCUAUACUUAUUAUCUGAGCAAAUUCCUCUUAAAUCAUUACUUUUUAACCUGCACUGUCACCUCCACACCAGAAUGAUUACACGCACUCUAGUCACACGUUUUAUAAACAUAUAAUAAUUUCUCAACAAAAAUAUGCUUUUCUAU